UUGAAUAAUUUGGAGCAUCAUGGGAUUAUAUAUUCCAUUAUUGAAAUAUUGUAUUUGUGUCAUCGUUCUGUGUUGUUUCUUGAAAUAUGAAAUUCAAAGCUAGAGCACAGUUUUCCUUUUCAAACUUGAGAUUCCAGUUUGCUUGAAUAUACUGCCAGAAUUUAAUUAAAACGUCUGAGCACUAGUUAUCUUGGUUAAAGGAUAUUGCAAGUCUGUAAGCAGGCUGUGAAUGAGAAUGUCACAGUUAUUAAUCAACAAUGCAUGAAUAAUUAAAUGUACAAGUUAUAAUAAUUUUGCAAUCGUGUACUUAUGGCGCUUAUUUUUUAAACCGCUGAGGUAUGCUUCUGCCAUUGCUAAGCUUUCAGUUCUCGUAGUAUAAAAUACCCUCGUUCUAGGCAAGUUGACAUUCAACAGAAUCAUUUUUAAAUUGUAGUAUAUAGUUUAGUACACUUUUACUAUUUCCUCCUUUAAAACGUUGAAAUCUGUCGGUCUAUUUUCUUCCGCAGAUUCCUUUUUUCUUGCCGCGACUGUGUUUGGAUUAGUCCGCGGUCCGCCAUCUUCGAGAUCUUCGACGAGCUCGUCUCUGGUACUCAGAGCAGACGAGUGUCGUGUGUUUUGGAAAGGGGUUAAAGGCCUUUUGUGGUGCUGAUAGUGGUGUUAUUAUUGCUCAUGUCGUCAGCAAGCACGUGCACUACAGAGGGAUCCACUACCUCUUCAUCCCCAGCGUCGUCUGUGAAUCUCAUUACCACCAACUCACAUAUUUCACAUCUGCAGCGCAACAGUGUUACCAACAAUAACAACAACGCACCCAAAUAUGGGACUCUGGUACCAAACCGGAUCUUUGUGGGUGGAAUCUCAGGCAGUACCACUGAAACCGAACUGGCACAGCUGUUUUCAGCAUACGGGAAUGUGAAAGCAACGAAAGUGAUUAGUGACCGGGCUGGAGUGUCGAAGGGCUAUGGGUUUGUUACCUUUGAGACAGAAGAAGAAGCAAAGCGCUUGAUGCAGGAUUCUGAUUGCAUUGUUCUGAAGGAAAGGAAGCUGAAUAUUGCUCCUGCUAUAAAGAAACAGCCGUUUAACCGAACAUAUGAAGUGGCGUCUCCUCCCACCAUUCACAGCAACACAAUCUUUUAUCAGAAUGGUGUGCCAUACACUUUCCACAAUGGAGUGGCAUAUUUUCCAGCCACACAUCCUCAGCAUGCCACUGGCAACACCAUCACUACAGCAGGUGACCCAGCUGGUGUGUACCAGACCACGUUUGGACCCCCACAGGUUGCUUCUGCACAUUCUCCAGCCUCUGCUGCUGCUGCUGCUGCUGCUGCUGCGUACCCUGUGAUCUACCCCUGCACAGCUCCCCCUGCAGUGUACAUGUCUCCUCAGCAGUUCCCAUAUCAGCCCAUACCAUUCGAAUCAUAUUUGCAGCCACCAGCCCCGACAUCACAGUACCUCUACACUGCCUCAGCAUCUUCCUCGAGUGCAGCAGCCCCUGGAACUGGUCCACCUGUGACACAGGGCUCACCCAUGUUGGGUGCCCCUGCACCCUUGCCACCCACACAGCACUACUAUGCUGCAGCACAUCUGAACUCGACUGACCUGUACUACAGUGUUCCACAGGCCUACCCUGCCAUGAAUAGUAAUGAGGGGGUUGUGUAUGAGGCACCCUCACAGACCGAGACAUCCAGCAACCAAUCUGCUGAAGUGAGUGCAAUUUGUGAGACAUUCAGGGACAGUUGUUCGAAUUCAAGCAAUUCAGACACUGUUAGAAGUGGAGGUGGCAGAAAUUACAGACUCCCACCAGACCAGGAGAGGACGAACGCUAAAUGUGACAGCAAGUUGUCAGGUAACUGUGGGUGGGUGGCACCCAUCACCACAGCACACAGCCAGCCUUUGACCAUCAGUCAGCGCCAGAAUGCCUCAACACCUGUUGUUUCCCUCCGGAAACUCCAGCAGAUGGGUGAUGAAUUGGAUAUCUGCCCCAGCAAGAAGAACUCAUUUGCGGCAAUUGAAGACUACAUGACCACUGCAUCCCCCCAACAGACAUACUAUCAACAGGUACCACCCCCUUUGCCAAACCCAAACAAGUCCCAGACCCCUCUGGUGCCUGUUCUAUAUCAGUCUGUGCCACCCAUGUUUGUCACUUCAACAGGCCAGCCAUCUGGAACCGUUCCCUACAUGAACCAGUUUCCACCACCUGGCAUAGUGAAUGGCCAUUCUGAGCAUCCUGGUGGAAACUAUCCUGUGCAGUUUCAAAAUCACCGAGCCCCUUACAUGUCAAAAUCUUACACAAAUCGGCGUGGUGGAGGGUCAUCGUCUGGCAACCAGUCUUCACCCAUGUCAGUUCAUAUCCCACCGUUUCCUCCCAAGUUCCAUUUCUUAAAUAAUAAUCACAUGUCCAUAUCAGGUGUCAAUAACCCUCAUAUUCAGAAUCAGAAGCGUCACAAUAGGAAUCAACAAUAUCGAGGGCGGGAUAGUGGACGAUACAUGGGACCUAAUUCAGGCAGAUUGCAGCGCCAGUGCAUCAGCACUGGCACUGGUGGUGGCAUUGUCAAUAAGAACUCUUCUUGUGCUGUGUCCACCAGCAGUGUUAGUGCCCCUGCUGAGAGCAGUAUACCACACAUCACCUCCACUGCCAUCAUCACCAUGACUACUACCACUGCCACUACUGCCAUCACUGCUGCUACUGCUGUUACAAGUGCUACCACCAUCACUGAUGUCCCUUCCCCACCUCCUGCCCCAUACUCUCCUAUGACCCAUCCUGUAAUUGAUUCCACUUCUCCUCCCCAACAGACGCAGUUCUACCCUGGCACAGGAAGUAGUGCAGGCCGUCAGUCCUACCGUCCUCCCUCCAAUGGAAUGCAACAACAGCUUGGUAUGCCACAACGGCGAUUCUUCAGUAGCUCACGCAAAUCUGGCAAUAGCACAUCAAAUGAGGGUAGCACUCCAAACAGUGCAAAUUCUCGUAGCAGUGGAGGAGCUAAUGAGAAAUACUCGAAGAGUGUGGUGAACAGUAUGGAAGUUUUGUCUGUAGCAGGAACUUCGAGCAUCAGCAGUCUCAUAGGUAGUGUUGAUGAGGAAUCACUGGGAAGUGCGGGAGAUGCACCUGCUGUCCUUGCAGCCCCCAGUUGUGUUCCAGUGAUGCACGAAGCAUGCCACCAGAUGCAAGCAUUGAGUCUCUGAACUGUCCAGUACUUUUAGUUAACUUAUUUCUACUUUUAGUAAUGUAUAUUUUCUCUUGUAAUUUAAAAUAUUUGGUGAUGUAAAAAUUAGAAUUGUAUAACUUACCAUGUAGCAUAUAUUUGUUUCGUAAAGUAAUUUCUUGGAAAGAAGGAUGUGACAAGAAAGGAUUGUGAGAAUUAGGGACUUGGUGUUAAUAUGGCAGCAGGCAGAAUGUGGGGUGUGAGAACACAUGCUGCAGUUCCAAGAAGUUACUUCAUUCCUAUGUUGCCUUUUGUUGCUAGUUACUUUAAGUAUUGGGUGACUUGUGCCCACUUGGGGGAGUUUUAACCUGGCCGCAGGAUGCACAACCCUCAUGGCAGCUGGUGAAGUGUGUCACCUACUUAUAUUCUCACCUGUUUUAAUAACAAUAAUAAUAGUAAUAAUAAUAUGACAAUAGUUAUAAUCUUGUAUCUUGUAGCAUAUUGUACCUUUUCAAAGUGAAGACAACACAAAAUCUUGUGUUGAGAAUUUAAAUCAGUUUAUAAAAAUAGCCAUAAUUAUUUGAUUAAUGUGUUCAUUGUGUGGCAAGGAGAUAUUUAUUUUUGCGUGGCUUGAUUGGUAUUUGUUUCUGCAUAGACGAGAAACAUUGCUGGAGGGACCAGUCUCAUGUGCAAAGUUUGCGUUGCUCAAAUACCAUCGCCAAAUAAAUAAAAUUGUAUAUUUAUCAUACUGCAGUGUAAAGUUCCUAUUGUAUGCUCAUGGAGAAUAAGGUUUUCUGAAAGAGUGGACUAAAUGAGAUGAAACUGAAGGUGAGCUUUCAGUAUAGAAAAUUGGUUCUACUCAAACAUGUUCUCAUCCGAAAGAGUUCUCAGGUUUUACGUAGCUAGUCAUGCCAUGUAAUUAGCCAUCUGUUGGCGGCACGAACAAAAAGACUAAUGUAUAUACACACUACACCGUAUGCUACUGGAGAUCUUUAGGAAGUCUUCCAGUUUUAUGCAGACAGGGGCAUGAUGCAUGAAUGCACUUCACCUGUAAGUUUCAUCAGAUCAAAGUGGAAGGUUUUCUAGAUUAAAGCUCAGAUGUUUUACCUUUGGUAUCACUGGUGGGCUGCAGUGGUCUCGGAACAUACGUUACCCUUGUGCACCUUUUUAAUAAAAUGGCUGUGAGCUAAAUAAAACUGAUAGAAUAUAUAGUGCUGCAAGAACUACUAAGUGCCUUUUGUAUUUUGUUCGCAGUGCUGUGACAGCGUGUGUGAGUGACCUACUUUGCAGUUGUUCUUCCCUUUUAUGAUUAUCGGUGGGCAUUGUUGUGAGCCACUUGUGCAUGAUCUCUCUCCCCUCGCCUGUGUGAUAAUAUGUUUAAGUAUAGAGCUGCCACUGUGUAAUUUAUAUAAGUAAUACAUACACAACAAUAAUGCGAAUUAAAAAAAGUACAAACUUGUGCAAUAAUUUGUGGAGUAUUGUACUCUGGCUUUUGUUUUUCCCCUACUGUUAAGGAUGUACAGUAAACGGUUUUUAUUGAAAUUCUUGAAAGUGCCCCUCCCACUUUGUGCUUAUAAAGUGGCAACAUGUUGCGAGGAGCAAAUUUCUGUGAUUAUAGUGAGGGGACAAUGAACACCACAGUGCAGUAAUCGUUAAUGUGUAAGGUACGAAAUGUAUGUAGAAUUGUAGCAGCAGUUUGUACUUGUUAAAAAAAUAAUAAAAUUGAGAAAGUGUU